AUGCCUCCAAAAAAGGAGGAACAGCUAAGUCGAACAGGUAAUUUCACACUAUAUGCAAGCGAUGUUAGUUCGUUUAAUCGUCUGUUAAAUGAGCUGAUACCAAUUCUUGCAACAAAUGGACAGGCUACAGCCAAAAUAUAUGUGCCUCGAUCCAUUCAACGUAUCAAAGAUACGGGAAAAGUCGCGUUUGUUAAAAACGUCGACAUAGAAAUUCCUGAAGGUCGAAUAACUGAAGCAUUAAAGAACGUUGGACUUGAUGCUAUUGAUGUUGUUCGACUGGUGAACAAAACUAAAAACGUUUCAACCAGAACAAUCAAAAUUACAUUUGCUGAUCCACAAAAUCGAAAUACUUUCAUUCGUACUGGUUUACAAGUGGAUUCAAUGCAUUUUGUAGCUGAAGCAGCAAAUCAAAACACCAAACCUGCACAAUGCUAUAUAUGUCUGAAAUACAAUCAUGUGGCAAAAUUCUGCAAAACGAAGCAACAGAUAUGUGCUCGAUGUGGUGAAAAUCAUCGCAUUGAACAAUGUACUGCUGCUAGUGAUGUAGUAAAAUGCUGUAAUUGUAAAUGUAGUCAUGUAGCAACAUCAAGUGAAUGUGCAACUUAUAAAGAACAGGAGAAAAGAAUUAACAAUUUAAUUAAUCAAUAUUCAGCUCCAAAUACACCAACAAAAACAGUUCCAGCCAUUCAUGACUUAAAUGAAUUUCCAUCGCUACCAAACCUCUUACAACAUCAACAAGAACACAUUCAUAAUGAAUUAUUCGAUGAAAUUAUCAAUGUACUAAGCAGCAAAAUGGAAAAGAUUAUCGAAGAAACAACCAGCCGACUAUUUCAGACACUACUUAAGAAGAUGAAAAAGAUCGAAACCUUCAUCGAAACACACGACAACAACGUUAAAGGUGCCUUGACUAUCUCGGAUUCUGAUUCAGAAAAAGAAAGUCAAGUAGUUAAAUACAUUAGAAACAAGCAAAAACAAACGAUAGCAAUAACCAAAUUAACCACCUCAGCAACUGAUACAUCAAGCAUACCAACAACAACUUCAAACGUAACUUCAACAAAACCACCACGAAAAGCUAAAAAAGGAUCAAAACCAACCAAAAGAAUUCGAUCACCCAACAGCUCCUUAGAUGCAUCGACAUUUGACAGCAAAGACCUGAAAACAAGCAACAACGAUGAUUAG